CGCGAUAAAAGGGUUACCCGCUUUAAUAUAAAGCAUUAAUCAUGUUAUCGGGCCCAGUGUAUUAUACAAUACUUGCGAUUAUACAGUGACCUGCCGUUCAGCGGUGUCCGGUUAUUACAUUGAAAACGGUUCUGGUAAUCGAUCGAAGAAAAAAAAUUAAUCGAUCACGCUUCGAUCCAGUCGAGUCGGCCGUGGAUGUUCGAGGAGGCGCACUUUUUGGAAAUUGUGACGGGCGUCGGCGUCGCGACGGCUAUCUAUUGUUGUUUUCGGUGUUUUCGGUGGACUGAAAGGACGACCGAUACGAAUCGAUACCGGGACAAUCGAUUGGAUGCUAAUCGAACAAGCGACGAAGACGGAAACAUGAGCGAAAACGAGAACGCCCAAUGGAUAAUCGGGGACGAGGAAAGGGAGGAGAAGGAUAUCUUUCCUCAGACCGACGAAUUGGAAACGCCGCCCCCGGCGGCGCCCUCUGACGGCCAAGGGGGCUACUCGAGCGGCGGUUGGAGCGCCGCCGCCAAAGCGGAGCUGCUGGAACGCCGGAAGAAGCUCAAGCCUAGCAUGUCCCAAGGGACUGUUAUGCUGCACAACCGACAAGAGGAGAAGAAUUUCACGGUAGCGACCCCCGAGGAGUUCGUCAAACGUUUCAACGGCACCAGGGUGAUCAAUAAGGUGCUGAUAGCGAACAACGGCAUAGCGGCGGUGAAAUGCAUGCGAUCGGUGCGCCGCUGGUCGUACGAGAUGUUCAAGAACGAACGGGCCGUUCGUUUCGUGGUGAUGGUGACCCCUGAAGAUCUCAAAGCCAACGCCGAAUACAUCAAAAUGGCCGAUCACUACGUGCCCGUCCCCGGCGGCACCAACAACAACAACUACGCCAACGUCGAGCUGAUCGUCGACGUCGCCAUUCGAUGUCAAGUCCAAGCCGUAUGGGCCGGUUGGGGACACGCCUCGGAGAAUCCGAAGCUGCCGGAGCUGUUGCACAAAAACAACGUGGCCUUCAUCGGACCCAACGAGAAGGCCAUGUGGGCGUUGGGCGAUAAAAUCGCCUCGUCGUUGGUCGCCCAAACGGCCGAAGUGCCCACAUUACCUUGGUCCGGAUCUGGUUUGACGGCUCAAUACAGCGGCAAAAAGAUCAAAAUAUCGUCGGAAUUGUUCGCGAAAGGUUGCGUCCAUUCGGCCGAAGAAGGCCUGGCGGCGGCGCACAAGAUAGGCUUCCCGGUGAUGAUAAAAGCGUCGGAAGGCGGCGGCGGCAAAGGCAUCAGAAAAGUGGAGAAUCCCGACGAUUUUCCCGCCGCCUUCAGACAAGUACAAACCGAAAUCCCCGGUUCGCCGAUAUUCGUGAUGAAACUGGCGAAGUGCGCCCGACAUUUGGAAGUCCAAUUGCUCGCCGACAUGUACGGCAACGCCAUCUCGCUGUUCGGCCGCGACUGUUCCAUCCAGCGCAGGCACCAGAAGAUCAUCGAGGAGGCGCCGGCCGUCAUAGCGGAACCGUCGGUGUUCGAGCACAUGGAAAAGGCGGCCGUGCGAUUGGCCAAAAUGGUGGGCUACGUAUCGGCCGGUACCGUCGAGUACCUCUACGACCCGUCCGGCCAGUACUACUUCCUCGAAUUGAAUCCCAGGCUGCAGGUGGAGCAUCCCUGCACGGAGAUGGUGUCCGAUGUGAACUUGCCCGCGGCGCAAUUGCAGAUUGCUAUGGGUUUACCGUUGCAUUACAUCAAAGAUAUCCGGUUGUUGUACGGCGAGUCACCGUGGGGUUCCACCGAAAUCGAUUUCGAUCAACCGAGGCACAAACCACAACCGUGGGGUCACGUCAUCGCGGCUAGAAUCACGUCGGAGAAUCCAGACGAAGGUUUCAAGCCGAGCUCGGGCACCGUGCAAGAGCUGAACUUCCGCUCGUCGAAGAACGUGUGGGGCUACUUUUCGGUGGCGGCGUCGGGCGGCCUGCACGAAUUCGCCGACAGCCAAUUCGGCCAUUGUUUCUCGUGGGGCGAGAACCGCGAACAGGCCCGAGAGAAUCUCGUCAUCGCGCUGAAGGAGCUGUCGAUACGCGGCGAUUUCCGCACGACCGUCGAAUACCUGAUCACGUUGCUCGAGACGAAGAGCUUCCAGGAGAACACGAUCGAUACGGCUUGGUUGGACAUACUGAUAGCGGAGCGCAUGCAAUCGGAGAAGCCCGACGUGAUGUUGGGCGUCGUGUGCGGCGCGUUGCACAUCGCCGAUCGCACCAUCACCGAUUCGUUCCAGGAGUUCCAGACGUCGCUGGAGCGCGGCCAGAUCCAGGGUUCUAAUACGCUCACGAACGUCGUGGAUAUCGAGCUCAUCAACGACGGGAACAAGUACAAAGUGCAGGCGACGAAGAGCGGUCCGAACACCUACUUUUUGCAAAUGAACGGCAGUUUCAAGGAGAUUGAAGUGCAUCGAAUGAACGACGGUGGUAUUUUACUGUCGAUAGAUGGCGCUUCUUUCACCACGUAUAUGAAAGAAGAGGUGGAUCGCUAUCGUAUCGUCAUCGGCAAUCAGACUUGUGUGUUCGAAAAGGAGAACGAUCCGACGAUUUUGAGAUCGCCAUCGGCCGGAAAACUCAUAGGUUACGUGGUGGAGGACGGCGGGCACGUGCAAAAGGGCCAGGCGUACGCCGAAAUCGAAGUGAUGAAAAUGGUGAUGACGUUGACGGCGAACGAGUCCGGUACGGUGACGUACGUAAAACGGGCCGGCGCCGUAUUGGACGCCGGUUCGAUCAUAGCCUCCUUGGAAUUGGACGAUGCCAGUUUGGUGACCAAAGCGGUGCCGUACAAGGGCCAUUUCCCCGAAUUGGACGUGUCGCAGCCGGCGGUGCCCGAGAAACUCAAUCACGUCCACACCAGCUAUCGCACCGCCUUGGAGAAUUCCCUAGCAGGUUAUUGCCUGCCGGAUCCGUACAACGCGCCGCGCCUGCGCGAAAUCAUCGAGAAAUUCAUGUCGUCGCUGCGCGAUCCGAGCCUGCCGUUGCUCGAGCUCCAAGAGGUGAUGGCCUCGAUAUCGGGCCGCAUACCGGCCGCCGUCGAAAAGAAAAUACGAAGAUUGAUGGCCUUGUACGAGCGAAACAUCACCUCGGUGUUGGCCCAAUUUCCCAGCCAACAGAUCGCAAGCGUGAUUGAUACUCACGCCGCCAGUAUGACCAAACGCACCGAAAGAGACGCUUUCUUUUUGGCCACCGAAGGAAUCAUCCAGUUGGUACAAAGGUACAGGAACGGCAUCAGGGGUCGCAUGAAGCACGCCGUGCAGGAGCUCCUGCGCCGCUACUACGACGUCGAGAGCCAAUUCCAGCACAGCUCGUACGACAAGUGCGUGUCGCUGUUGCGCGACCAACACAAGGACGACAUGUCGGCGGUGACGGCGACCAUAUUCUCGCACAGCCAAGUCGGCAAGAAGAACCUGCUGGUGACGAUGCUGAUCGAUCACCUGUGGUCGAACGAGCCCGGCCUCACCGACGAGCUGGCCAAUUGCCUCACCGAAUUGACGUCGUUGAAUCGCAGCGAACAUUCGCGCGUCGCCCUGCGCGCCCGCCAGGUGCUCAUCGCCGCCCACCAGCCGGCCUACGAGCUGCGCCACAACCAGAUGGAGAGCAUCUUCUUGAGCGCCGUCGAUAUGUACGGACAGGAAUUCCACCCGGAGAAUUUGCAGAAAUUGAUCGUGUCGGAGACGUCGAUCUUCGACAUACUGCACGAUUUCUUCUACCACACGAACAGGGCGGUGUGCAACGCCGCCUUGGAGGUGUACGUUCGAAGGGCCUACACCAGCUACGACAUCAAUUGCCUGCAACAUCUGGAACUCUCCGGCGAGGUGUCGGUGGUGCAUUUCAAUUUCACGUUGCCGCCCUCGCAUCCCAACAGAUUGGUCAAAUUGAACUCUAACAUGGAGAACAACGAAGAGGAUUCGAACAACGAAGUGAAAAUCGUGGACACCUUCCAACGGACCGGUUGCAUGUCGGCCUUCGAAAACUUCCAACAAUUCGAGCAAUACGCCGACGAAAUCCUCGACCUGAUCGAGGACUUCGCCAGUCCGGCGGCCAUCUCCGCGAAAGAUCUGAACGCCGUCGAGAGCGGCUCCGAGUCGCGCGGCAACAGCACCUCGAUCAACGUCAGCCUGUCGCUGGAAAAUCGCCGGCUCAGCGCCGACGAGAACAAAAUCAUCGAAGAACCCAUCCACAUCCUGAUGAUAUGCAUCAAAGACGACGGCGACAAGGACGAUUCCAGCUGGAACAAGAUGUUCACCAUGUUCUGUCUGAAGCACAAGGACGAGUUGAUGGCCAGGAAGAUACGACGCGUCACGUUCUCGCCGUUGAAGCACAAACAGUCGCCGAAGUGCUUCACGUACCGGGCCAGGGACGGGUUCUACGAGGACCGGAUCUACAGGCACCUGGAGCCCGCCUGUUCGUUUCAAUUGGAGAUGAGCCGCAUGCGAUCGUACACGCUCGAAGCGUUGCCGACGAGCAGCCAAAAGAUGCACUUGUAUUUGGGCAAGGCGAAGGGGGCCGGUGGCAAGGAGAUCACCGACUAUCGGUUCUUCAUACGAUCGAUCGUCAGGCAUUCGGAUUUGAUCACCAAAGAGGCGUCGUUCGAGUACCUGCAAAACGAGGGCGAGCGCACGCUGUUGGAGGCGAUGGACGAGUUGGAGAUCGCCUUUUCGCAUCCGCAUUCGAAGCGGACCGAUUGCAAUCACAUAUUCUUGAACUUCAUACCUACGGUCAUCAUGGAUCCCGCUAAGAUCGAGGAGGCCGUGACGAAUCUGGUGAUGCGAUACGGGCCGAGAUUGUGGAAGUUGCGCGUGCUCCAGGCCGAAAUCAAUCUGACCAUUCGACCGGCGCCGAACGCUCAAACAUCCAAGAUUCGAUUGUGCUUGGCCAACGACAGCGGCUACUAUUUGGACAUCAGCAUGUACACGGAGGUCGCCGAUCCCGACACAGGUAUCAUCAAAUUCCAGGCGUACGGUCCGAAGCAGGGCCCUUUGCACGGCCUGCCCAUAUCGACGCCUUAUAUUCCCAAGGACUAUUUGCAACAGAAGCGAUUCCAAGCGCAAUCGAUCGGUACUACUUACGCCUACGACUAUCCGGACAUGUUUAGGCAAAUGGUCGAUUUGCAAUGGAAGCAGUACAGCCAAGAACGUUUGAGCGAACACGUCAGCGUGCCCGACAAACUGAUGGACUUCGUCGAGCUGAUCCUCGAUCCGGACACCGAGAGCCGCCUCAUCGAACAGAAACGCGUCCCCGGCGAGAACAACGUCGGCAUGGUGGCGUGGCGUCUCACCCUCCACACGCCCGAAUACCCAGCGGGUCGCGACGUCAUCGUCAUCGCCAACGACGUCACCUACUUGAUCGGCUCGUUCGGACCGCGCGAGGACAAAGUCUUCGGCUUGGCCAGCGAGAUGGCGCGCAAAUUGCGCAUACCGAGGAUCUACAUGUCGGCGAAUAGCGGCGCGCGCAUCGGCCUCGCCGAAGAGGUGAAAUCGGUGUUUAGGGUGGCUUGGGAGGAUAACGGCGAGCCCGAUAGAGGGUUUAGGUAUUUGUAUUUGACGCCGGAGGAUUACGCUAAAGUCAGCGCUAGUAAUUCCGUGCGAGCCGUGUUGAUUGAAGACGAGGGGGAGUCUAGGUACAAGUUGACUGAUAUCAUCGGAAAGGACGACGGGUUGGGGGUGGAGAAUUUGAAGUACGCCGGGAUGAUAGCGGGCGAAACGUCGGCCGCCUACGAGGAGGUGGUGACCAUAUCGAUGGUGAGCUGUCGGGCGAUAGGAAUCGGUUCGUAUUUGGUGCGAUUGGGCCAGCGGGUUAUCCAGAUCGAGAAUUCGCACAUCAUACUGACGGGCUACGCGGCGUUGAACAAGCUGCUGGGUCGCGAGGUGUACGCUUCGAACAACCAAUUGGGCGGUAUACAGAUCAUGCACAACAACGGCGUGACGCACAAGACCGAUCAGACCGAUUUGGAGGGCGUCUAUACGAUCUUGAAGUGGCUGUCGUACAUACCUAAAGAUAAAUUAUCGCCGAUACCGAUCGUCGAUCCGGUGGAUCCCGUCGAUAGGGAAGUGUCAUUUACGCCUACGAAGACUCCUUACGAUCCAAGGUGGAUGCUCGAAGGACGACAAUCGCCAAACGAUCCGUCGGUGUGGGAGAGCGGCUUCUUCGAUCGAGGCACCUGGUCGGAGAUCAUGCGCCCGUGGGCGCAAACGGUGGUGACGGGCAGGGCGCGCUUGGGCGGCAUCCCCGUCGGUUGCAUAGCGGUGGAGACGCGCACCGUCGAAUUGAAGCUGCCCGCCGAUCCGGCGAAUUUGGAUUCGGAGGCGAAGACGGUGUCGCAAGCGGGCCAGGUGUGGUUCCCCGAUUCCGCCUACAAGACGGCCCAGGCCAUCAAGGAUUUCUCCAGGGAGGAUCUGCCGCUGGUGGUGUUCGCCAAUUGGCGGGGUUUCAGCGGCGGCAUGAAAGAUAUGUACGAGCAAAUCGUGAAGUUCGGCGCUUACAUAGUGGACGGAUUGCGCGAGUACAAACAACCGAUCAUCAUCUACAUACCGCCCAACGGGGAGUUGAGAGGCGGCGCUUGGGCCGUCGUCGAUCCCACCAUCAAUUCGAGAUAUAUGGAAAUGUACGCCGACAACGACAGCAGGGGCGGCGUUCUCGAACCGGAGGGCAUCGUGGAAAUCAAGUUUCGCAAAAAGGAUUUGAUCAAAACCAUACAUCGCAUAGAUCCGGAGGUGAGAGAAUUAGACGAACAGAUCGCCCAAUUGAUGCGCGAAUUGCCGAGAGAUCGUUCGGCUAGCAUCGGUCAAAUACCGGCCGGCAGGGAGCGCUCGAUGAGCAUCACGCAACCGAUCGAGACGGCGACGAAGACGCCCGAACUGCUGGCGCUCGAGAAGAAGCUCCAACAGCGCGAGAACUUUUUGUUGCCGAUGUACCAUCAGGUGUCGGUGCACUUCGCCGAUUUGCACGACACGCCCGAGAGGAUGCUCGAAAAGGGGGCCAUACACGAUAUCGUACCGUGGCGAAAAUCGAGGAGCAUAAUCUACUGGAGAUUGCGAAGGAGAUUGCUGGAGGAGCGGGUGAUCAAGGCCUUGAUGGAGGUGCAGCCGGGCAUCCAGGUGGGCCAGGGCGAGGCCAUGUUGAGGAGAUGGUUCGUCGAAGCGAAAGGAGCCUCGGAAGGUUACAAAUGGGACAAGAACGAAGUGGUGGUGCAAUGGAUCGAAGAGCAACUAUCGAAGCCGGUGAACGAAUCGAUCAUUUACCACAAUAUACACGCCGUUAAAAAGGACGCGGUGGUUAAUCACAUUAAGAACACGUUAGACGAUUGUCCGGACGUGGCUUUGGACGCCGUGGUGGCGAUUAUAGAGAAAUUGAGCGACAACCAAAAGGCCGAAGUGAUUAGGACUUUAUCGCAAUUAGGUUCGGUCGAAAAUAUCGAUUGAUGUUCGUUCGAUUGAUUUUUGUUUUUUAAUUUUAUUUUUUCGUUGAUUAUUAUUCAGGGAGCAUCUUACUAUUACUUAGAAUGUUUGUACUUGCCGGAACGAGCGAAAAGUACACGGGUUUACGUGUAUAUUUAUGCUUUGUAGGUUUAAUCGGAGAUGAUGUUAAUAAUUUUCAUUUUAAAAACCCUAAAAGGGUGAAAAUUCGUUAUAAACUUAUCUGGAAUUACAAAAAUACAUUCCAAACUCCUUAAAUAAGUUGAACAAGCAUUUAAUUCAGCGAAUAAAGUAAACAAACGCUAUAUUAUAGUGUAGCUAUAUUAUACAAGGUGUUAAUUAAUUGUAUGCCGAUACUUCAGGAUGUGAAUAUUUGGAUGAUUUUAAGAAGAA